GGGUUUCAUACACUACUGUAAACCAGAAGCCUCUCUCGCUCUCUCUAGACAUUUUUCUUCCACGAAAGAAAAUGAUCGCUCAAAGUUAGAAAUCCAUCUAACUAAAUAUGUGAUUUUUAAAGAAAAUGACGGAAAUAAGAAAAAAAAGGCAUCAAGCAAAGCAUUCUGUGCUGAUCUGUAAAAGCACUUAGGAUCCUGAACACAUGAAAAAGAAAUAAGGGGAAAAAGGGGGCUGAUAAAGUUUCUGGCUACAAUACAGGAGACAUAUCAUUACCAUAUGAUCUACUGUGGGUGUCAGCUUGGAUUCUGUUCAUUGAGGGAAACCUUACUUUUUUAACUGUGCUAUGGAAUAGAAGACGCAGGAGGGUUUUCCACCAAGUGACAGACAACUGAGCAGUAAUCUACCCCUCCUCCUUUCCACACCUGCACCUUCUUCUGCCUGGCUUGAAUAUUUCAGUUUAAUUGCAUCUCAGCUCUGAGGGCGCCUUUUGCAAAUCCCUGGAUUAAAAGGUAUGGCUUUCAAUAAUUAUCCUGAACUCUGCUCCGGUACAGUAAAACUUCGGUAAAAGCUAGGAGAAACAGGGAGCCUGAAAGAAGUGGCUUUAAAAGAGAUGUUUAGUACUGUUAUAUCUGCAUUAUUUGGGAGCAUUCUAGAGAACUGUGGAUGUUUCCUAGCAUUCUUUUACAUUUGGGGCCAUUUCUUUGUAUUUUUGUAAGGAUUUGUAUGUUCCGAGUUUUCCAGCUGUGCAUUUUCUUGCUCUAAUGCAAAGUUUGAAGUAUAUGAUGUUGUAGGAGGAAAACAGAAACUUCAUGUUUUGUAGUUUGAAAACCAGAAGGUAUUUGUUUUAAGUUAAAGGGGUGGUGGAGGAAUGUUUUGCCCAGAGUAGCAGACAUCUUUCUAAACACUGCAGAGUGGUAUAUUGCAUAUGUAAACAGCGAUUGCAUAUUUAAGACAAGAAGUUUCUUGACUGGAAAAACUAAAGAUAAACAAGCAGGCAUUCCAUACAGUUUUAAAAUUGAAAUAAACAUGCUUUCAAAAUCUUGAAUGUGCCCUGUAGCAUGUUCCUUACCUCAUCUGUUCUAAGAAAAGCAUUUGCUAUGAAAAGAAAUGCAGUAUAUUAGUUGCUGUUGAAGUAGAUGAAACUGAGAUAGAGCUGUAGUUCUCUUUUUAGAAAAGUCCUUAUUCUCUCCAUUUUCUAAAUGGUAUAGACAUCUCUUUAUUCUGCAAACUAGUUACGCCAAACAUUCAGUCCUAGGACUCUGGAUCAACUGAUUUAUGGAUCAGGCUGUAUAAGAUUUAAACUCCUAGAAAGAAAUACCACAGCAUAAUUCAGUAUAGAAUUAAAUCACCCCACCCAUCCCCACCCUCAAUAUAAUAUAUAUGUAUCAUCUCACAAUCCUUCUCUCCAUAUGGUUUGCUUAUUUUGCUGUUUGUAUAUUUUUUUUCUGGCUAUUCUGGUGUUUUUAUUUACAUGCCUUUUACAACUGUCUGUUAGUUGAUCCGAUAAAAGAAUCACUAUAACCUCAAGCCUUAUUUGCUGUUCUCAGAAAUAACUGAUUGAACUAAUACAUGGCACAAUUCUAUGCAUGCUUACUCAAAAGUAAGUCUCACAAGGUUCAAUGGGGCUUUCUCUCUGCAGCUACAGAAUAGUUGUGGAAGGAAUACUCCAGCAAUUACUGAAGGAUAAGGCCCAUCGUUAGUUGGCAGAAACAUAGUUUUUUCAUUUAUUUUAGGCUGCUAUGUUCAUCAGAUUUAUUUAAGUUCCUUUGACGUUCCUUUGAACUUUAGUUCCUUUGAGAUCUUUCAGAAUAUCAUUGUUAAUCAGGGGUUUUUAAAAAUGCCUUUUACAUUAUGUGGGUCAUCAUUUGAAUACAGUGACAUAAGCAAAGGAUGUGCCUCUUUUGUAAAUCAUCUUUCAACAAUGACUUACAUGGAAUUACCACGACAUUCUUCAUGUGCCAGUUAUGCCCCUAAAGUGAGAAUCCUAAUGGCCGAUAGGAUCAAUUGAUUAUUUACCAAAAAAUAUUACAGGUUUCAUAAACGAAACAAAACCCUUACAGACUUUAUUCUAGACUCUAAUUUAAGGCACAGAAAUAUUUUCAAAAAAUCAUAACAUUUUAGCAACAGGGGAAUAAGAGUUCAUAUAAACCAUCCUUUUGCCUGAUUAACUGGGAGAAGAAAUAAAAUACCAUUUAUGCUAUUUUAUGUUUCACAUUUGGAUUUGCUAGAACAUUUGUCCCUUUUGAUACUCCUAAGGAUUAGAUUUACUUCCUCUUAAUAUGUAAUUAAUCUAUUAAUCUGGAAACAUGCCAAGGUCUUUUAACUUCAAGUAGAGUUAAUAGACUUUGAGACCUGUGUGCCAGUGUGGUGCAGUAUCAUUCUAAAGUGUUGGGUUGAAUCAGGGAGGCAUGGGUCCACAUUUUUGCUCACUGGGUGACUCUGAGCCAGUUAAUAUCUCUCAGCCUAACCUCCCUCACAAGGCUAUCAUGAGAAUAAUAUAUAUUGGGGGGUUGGGAGGGUAUAUAUGAUAUGGAAACCAGAACUCCUUUGAGGAAGGUUAAGGUCAAAAUAAAACCAAGUUCAUUGCUUCAUUGUAUUGUGCUUUAAUUCACAUGCAACUGCAUAGAAAAAGAAAAAUACCGCCCAAAUGACUUUUAGAAGUUCAGUAGUAAAAAUUCUGCUCCCACUCUCACUACAAAGAGAACUACAAACCUGCAACCAUCUUACAGAACUUCUGCUACAGUAGUUUUGCCAUCCUCAUCCUCAUAAUGGCAAACUGAAAAGAUUUCGUCCUGUUUCAUGCUGGGGGAAAGAGCCUACAGUUAGCUAUGAUCUGUGGGGAUGCACAGUGGAAUAUCAUUACUGUUUGUUCUCCAUGAAGUUGUAAGAGCCUUCCAAUAGAGGCCUUAUAACUUGGGGCAUGGUGCCUUACUGGUAGGGUUACUACCUUUGUUUUGGCAAAAUACAGGACAGGAUGGGGACAAGAUUGAUGGGUGAAGUCCCCCCACACCUGGUGCUGAAAUGACUUCAGCACAAUCCAUUACAUUGCAGCCUAACAGGACAACCCCUCUGGGAUUUGUCACAUGCACAUGGAUGUGUAAAUAUGUCUGUGCUUUGCUACCCAGAGCUUAAAUUCCUGACCUUUAACACACAUACACUACUGUAUGCAGGCUGGGGCAAAAAAAUAAGUAAAUGAGGUGGGUAUAUUCUGAUGAGGCAUAUGUUAAAUUUCUGAGAGAGAGAGAAAAUAUUAGGGGGUGCGGAGCAAGCCUUCUGGGGAGCUACUUCUCCUCCACCCUCCUCUCUCAAAUAUCAUGCAGUUAAUUAUGUUCAGAACUGGGGCUUCUAGGCUACACUGACCAAAACUACUUGUUUCCAGAGACUCAGACCCUCUUGCUCCCUGAGAAACAAGGCCUAGCACUCCCAGGCUGCAGCUCUGUGGAAGACCGCCUCAACCCACCCUGAAGCUGAAGGGAAUUGGAAGCAGCAACAUGAAAGCCUUGCCCCAUUGUUUGCUCAUCCUUGGGGGCGGGAUGAGAGAGGGAGCGAUGAGAAAAAAGGAAAGGAAAGAAGCAAGAGGCAUUUUCUCCAGCCAAGCCAGCAAUGCCUUCCCUGUAGGAAUGGAGGCAGUCAUUUGGAGAGGGUGAUUUGGCCAAGAAAGAGCAAGAACAAGAGAGCAGGACAGACAUGCAGGAAAUACAGGACAAACGAUGUCCUGUAUUGAAUCAACACAGGAUGUAAAAUUGUGCAUUAAAACAUGGGGCAAUCCUGUAUUAUACAGGAUGAGUUGCAACCCUCCUUGUUGUUGUUGUUGUUUAGUCGUUUAGUCGUGUCCAACUCUUCGUGACCCCAUGGACCAGAGCACGCCAGGCACUCCUGUCUUCCACUGCCUCCCGCAGUUUGGUCAGGCUCAUGUUUGUAGCUUUGAAAACACUGUCCAACCAUCUCGUCCUCUGUCGUCUCCUUCUCCUUGUGCCCUCCAUCUUUCCCAACAUCAGGGUCUUUUCCAGGGAGUCUUCUCUUCUCAAGAGGUGGCCAAAGUAUUGGAGCCUCAGCUUCACUAUCUGUCCUUCCAGUGAGCACUCAGGGCUGAUUUCCUUCAGAAUGGAUACGUUUGAUCUUCUUGCAGUCCAUGGGACUCUCAAGAGUCUCCUCUAGACCAUAAUUCAAAAGCAUCAAUUCUUCGGCGAUCAGCCUUCUUUAUGGUCCAGCUCUCACUUCCAUACAUCACUACUGGGAAAACCAUGGCUUUAACUAUACGGACCUUUGUUGGUAAGGUGAUGUCUCUGCUUUUUAAGAUGCUGUCUAGGUUUGCCAUCGCCUUUCUCCCAAGGAGCAGGCGUCUUUUAAUUUCGUGACUGCUGUCACCAUCUGCAGUGAUCCUGGAGCCCAAGAAAGUAAAAUCUCUCACUGCCUCCAUUUCUUCCCCUUCUAUUUGCCAGGAGGUGAUGGGACCAGUGGCCAUGAUCGUCAUUUUUUUUUUUUAUGUUGAGCUUCAGACCAUAUUUUGUGCUCUCCUCUUUCACCCUCAUUAAAGGUUCUUUAAUUCCUCCUCACUUUCUGCCAUCAAGGUUGUGUCAUCUGCAUAUCUGAGGUUAUUGAUAUUUCUUCCGGCGAUCUUAAUUCCAGCUUGGGAUUCAUCCAGCCCAGCCUUUCGCAUGAUGAAUUCUGCAUAUAAGUUAAAUAAGCUGGGAGACAAUAUACAGCCUUGCCAUACUCCUUUCCCAAUUUUGAACCAAUCAGUUGUUCCAUAUCCAGUUCUAACUGUAGCUUCUUGUCCCUCCUUACUGGGCUGAUUUUCUAUAUUGGCAAUGCAGGCUGGGGGCUGUUUCCCUACAGCAGGGUUUUAUGGUGUAAGCAAUAAUUAUAAACAGCAAGCAAGUAGAUGACAUGGUUUCUUUCCAUACCAAUGCCACUCUGGCAGUGCUAGUGUGGGAAAUAACUGUGUCAUCAGUUCAUCCUGUGUGGUUUCUUUUGACAGAUGUUACUGGUAUAGGAUGGGAUCCAGAUAUGAGGAAACAGCAUUUGAGCCACAAUGGUAUGAGUGGUCAUCGUAACAUGAAUUAGCCCCAAGGGUGCUGACAAUAAGCAGCAUACAUCUGUGAGGCUAUGUUGUUGAGUUUAAAAAUGUACUAUAGAAAAACAAAACUUUUUUUGGGGGGGGGAAUUGCACACAACUACGAAACAGCAGAGAUAGCCCAAUCCUUUCUGUUAUUGCAUCUGAGUCAAGAAACAACAGCAGAGGAGCUUCAAGGUCCUGCCCUGCCUCUUCCUGUACCACCCCCCUUGAGAUACCUGAAACUUCAGGUAAACGCCAUCCAGCUGAAUGUCAAAAUUAGAUGUAAGGUGCCUGGCUGUCAUUUUUAAUCAGUUUUAGGGGCACCUGUAGUACUAUGGCAGAUGGUUUAAAAUUGGACUAUAUUUUGAUAUACAGACAAGAAAGCCAAAAACAACAAACUUGAAAUUCAACCUUUUCCCUUAAAAUGCUUUACAGGAUUUACUUUAAGCAACUAAAGGUUCCUUUCACAUGAUAUUGCCAGCCUGGCAAGUUUUGGGCUUAAAAAAAAUAAUCAACAACAGAAUAUUAUCCCUCCCUUCCCAAUACUAUCAUAAGUUUCACAGCCUCAGGCUAACCGUGACAAUGGGGAAAAAACAAUUCAGUCCAUUUGUAUCUUGACUAAGAACUGGCAAAUAAUUCUUCCCUUAAUUUUUGUGCAGAAUCCUAACACAACUGUUUGUUACUAAUAAAUACAAGUCAAAUCAAACUAUGCAGACAGUUGUGCACAGAACUGACUCUGUGUUCCUCUGUGAAUCUCUGUUUUAUAAAUACUUAUUGGUUUUCUACAUAAAUUAUAUCUGGGUAAUGCUUUAUCAGGACGUGGGUGGCGCUGUGGGUUAAACCACAGAGCCUAGGACUUGCCGAUCAGAAGGUCGGCGGUUCGAAUUCCGGCGACGGGGUGAGCUCCCAUUGCUCAGUCCCUGCUCCUGCCAACCUAGCAGUUCGAAAGCAUGUCAAAGUGCAAGUAGAUAAAUAGGUACCGCUCUGGCGGGAAGGUAAACGGCAUUUCCGUGUGCUGCUCUGGUUUGCCAGAAGCGGCUUAGUCAUGCUGGCUACAUGACCCGGAAGCUGUACGCCGGCUCCCUCGGCCAAUAAAGCGAGAUGAGUGCCGCAACCCCAGAGUCGGUCACGACUGGACCUAAUGGUCCGGGGUCCCUUUACCUUUACCUUUACCAUCGCAUUUACACACUUCAGCACAACUCCACCAAAAACUGUUUUGAUUAUAAUUAUGUGAAAGAUAUGAGUAUGAACACAAUGCCACCAAUUUACAAAUCUUUGCUUCUUCUUUUUUGACUUCUAGAUUCACAGCUGCCACCUUGAAUAGAUGAACUAAACCAUGAAGGUAGCCGUUUUCUUCCUUCUACUCCUGCCACUUUGCUUGGCUAAGCCAUUCCACCAAAAAGGCUUGUUUGAUUUUAUGCUUGAAGAUGAAGCAGGUUCUGGAACUACAGAUACUCCAGAUACUUAUCCUCCACUGCAAGGCCCAGUAUGUCCAUUCCGCUGCCAGUGCCACCUUCGAGUUGUGCAGUGCUCCGAUUUAGGUGAGCAAAAUGAAAUGUUGCUUCAUAAAAUGUCUGUUUAUGCUGGCUCACAAUGACAACUUAAGCUAUUUUUGGGUAUCAACACCAACAUAGUUACUGAGUUCUCCUGUCACACUAUAAUUUUGCCAUUGUUGUGAUAGUAUCUGUAUGAUAGUCUUGUCGAAAACAACAAGGAAAAUAAGGAGAGAGAGUUCAGCUGAGAAAAGGUCAGCUGAAAAACAGGGUCUUUGUGGUGGUAGACCAUGAAAGAAAUAGUGGUAGUCAUUUGCUUUCCGUCCAUUUUACACUGCCUUUCAUUCAAGACCACAGGCAUUUCUCUUUAAGGAAAUGCCUGUUUGUCAAUGUUCUAUCAUAAUAAGCCCGGAAACUGUACGCCGGCUCCCUCGACCAGUAAAGCAAGAUGAGAGCCACAACCCCAGAGUCGUCCGCGACUGGACCUAAUGGUCAGGGGUCCCUUUACCUUUUUUUAAAUAUGGUUGGGUGACACAGACCUAUAUUACAAAUCCAGGUAAAUAUAAAUUCUGAGUACCAAACUCUGCUACUCAUAAUUUCUUGAGGAAAUUAUGAUUCGCUCUACAGUAUUUCCUAAUCAAUAGGUUACAGGGGCCACAUAAAACUGGUUGUUACAAGUUUUAACUUGGAAAUAUGAGCAUGUGGACUCUAACAUUUUCUAACAUUGGCUUUAAUUUGGGACUAACAGUAAUGCUUUUAAUUAUUCUAGUUUGAUUAAAAUAUAACUAUUUUAGUCUUCAUUGACAAAUACAAAUAUACAUGUUUGUGUACUGGAUGCUUUCCAGACAUGAAGAGGAAGCAAAGCAAUGGGCAAAGGUCAAACAUCUAGGCAAGGAAGUAGAUCCCAAGUAAAGGAAACAAAACCCCAUAAAACUUAGAAAUUGUGGGAAAAGUUAAGGAUCAAAAGAGCAAAAGUUUUUUUGUUUCUUUUUUUAAGUUUCUAUGAUGACUGUUUUUCCUGUUGAGUUGACAAUUUUAUUUCUCUGUCUGGGGUUUUUGGUGAAUUCUUUCUAGGAAGUUAAUUAUCCUAUCACUUCCUUAUAUGAAAAUGCAUGCCUCUACAAUUAUAUAGUCAACCUGUAUCUUCUAAAUAAGCAACAUUGUGCCUGAACUAGAGCUUUGGGUAUGCUUUGAAUUUUCAGUUGGGCCUGUUAAAAAUUCAGCGCAGUUUUAAGUAUUGUAAGUGGAGAUGUCAAUGACAUUGUCAUAAAUAAUGGAGGGGAUGUGUACUGCAGCAAUGAACAGCUACCAUUUAUUUAUAGGAGAGAAACACAAUUCUGAGACAAUUACUGGAACAGGACAGAUUUCUGUUCUGAUCAGUUGUCUUCUAAAUUGAAACCAGAACUCAAAAGGAGUCAAUGAACACCAAACUUAUUCCAUCUGCAUAGUCCUUCACAUUCUUCUGAAGAGAUCUGCUGACGGCCUUGAUGCUAUGAAGCUACUGGAUGUUGUUGGGUUUUUUGGAAGAGAUAUAUUUAUGAUGCUUUUUGUAAUAUUUGGCUGGUUGGGAGAGGCAAACAGCAAAGCUCCUGCCUACAUAUGAUUCCCAGAGUUACACAGAACCCAAGAUAUCUUUAGCCUUCAAUAAAGGGGCAAACAAGAUAUUACUUUAAUAGUGUGAUUGCCAACUAUGCUUGGUUGUUGUUGUUGUUAUUUAAAUAUUAAGCUAUGUGAUUUUCAUUAGGAUUGCAGCUGAGGACGGAAGUUUAAAACUGGCCUCCCCUAAUUUCCGUGACCCUUAUGAAAAAUCACCCCACUUUCACUACUAUCAAUUUUAAAAAUAUGGUUGCUAAUUAUGCUAUUAAAGUAAUGUCUGGUUAGGCUCCAAUUCUGUGCUCCAGUUAGAAACUGCUUCUAUUAUGACACACAUAUAACCAUUCAACAACCACUUCCCCUCAGCUGGAGGAGAGGUCACCUUCUCAAAGCUGAGAUCUCCCAAAUAUUAGCCCCCAUUUAGAAAAACAUUCCCCAUCAAUCCUGUGCCAUUAGAAAUCUGUUUAGCAAAAGAGAUGACUAGCUAAUCACAACUUGAAUCAUACAGUUCUCAAAAAAAUUGACAAAUAUUGUCAUUUCUAGCUUUCAGUAGGCCAGUAAAAUCAAAAUUUAAUUUCCUUGACUUACAGGUAAAGAAUAUCUAUUACUACGGACAGAUUGUGUAUGUCCAAAACAAGUUUAAUGAAACAAACAUUUUGGACAUUGUUCGUAAAUCUCAAAACCAACCCAUUAAUGAUGGAAAUAGUUCAGAUUGAGCUAUGUCCACUGAUAAAUGGUGCCAUUUUGAGGGUUUUAAUCACAGUCCAUUUCAUGAAUAUACUUCAUAUAUGUAUGGCGUAUCUCACUCACAUCCCAAAUUGUUGCUAGAUUCUAAAUUACGGUACUAACGUGUCCGAAUAGGGACUUCAUUUUCUAUAGCUUUUCACACCAGACAAACUAUUGCUUUGCUCUAGCUGUUGGAGCCUCAGAAUGCUGGCUGAAUUAAUUCUGUUAUGCUGUAAGAAUUCAAGUUGACUGUUAUCCAGACUUCAUCCUCCCUAGUGUGCAAGGGUGGAACAAGAUAACAUUACUAUAUCCCAUCAACAAGCUUUUUACAACAUAUUAUUUAUGCUAAAAUUCCCUCUGGACUGAAUGAUCAAAUAUGAAAAUAUUCCUGGAUGGUUUGCUUAGCUGAGUUGAGAGUCUGUUUAAAUAUCUAGUUAAAUGCCCAGCAAUUUGGGUGGAUAAUUUCUUUUCCUGAUUGAUUCUCUUCUCUCCACCCAUGCAUUACUGAAUGUUAUUGCAAACAACAUUCCAGCCUCUUAAGACUCAGGGGGCAGAUGUUGCUGGAUUCCAACUCCUAUGCUCCCUGACCACUGGGAAGGCUGACUUGAGCUGAUGGGAACUGGAGUCCAGCAACAUCUGAAGGACCACAGUUUCCCAUCCCUGAAUUCAAUAAUAAAAAUAUGUGCAUUAAGUACAUCCUUUGUUAGCAUAUAUGGAGUCAAAAUCCCUGCACUGGGAGAUUGUGGUUUAAUCAAAACAUCUUAUCACACUUAUCAUAUAUAGUGGUACAGUUGCUGUUUGCUCCAAUAGUUUUAAGAGCAAAUUUGUAACUGAUUGUCUGCAUGUUUGGUCACAUGUCACUAUUAUUGGAUAGUGCAAGUUUUUGUAGUUUUUUUGUAUUAGUAUUUAAAGUGGACUCAGUACCAUCAUCUCUCUGUCAUUUAUAUCCUUCGGUCUGAGUCUGCAAACUGACAGCUCACAUUGGUCAGAGGUGCAGAACAGAUGUUUCCCAAACCACGCCCACCAACCACUACCCCUCCACACAAAAAGCAGGAUGAUGCUGCACAAAUGAAAAUACUGAGGAUCUUUCACAAAAGUCUGUUUUUUAGCAGCAGAAGAGUUUCAGUGUUGUUUUGAUUUGGCCAGCACUUGAAAAACUGAUGAAGAGUCAAAUAAAUUUGAAAAUAUACUUUGUGCAUGUGUUGUGCAUGUAAAGGAACUUCUCUGAAUACUUUCUUUUAAAACUCUCCAGCACAUUUAGCAAUCAAGCCUACAUUGCUGAAGAGUUGACCUGAGGCAUACAUUCUACCCAUUUGCUGUUAUAGACAUCACAUAGGAAGAGUCAUUUGAGCUUUUUGCUUUGUUAGGGUUUUGCAAUCAAUAUGCCAAUGGCUUGUUUAAAAGUUUUUUCCAAGAACACUAUAUGGGGGGAACGAACAGGGGAAGCACACCUUCCCAUCUCUACCAGUCUGCCAUUCCUUCCCAAACAAAAAAUAAAAUAAAAUAAUAAAAUAAAAUAAAAUGAAUGAAUUGUAUCACAUAGCAAUUAGGGUUGUUGAGGAACAAACCGCAGGCAUACUAGGCUUUUGAAAGAAUGUCCAAACACUCAAACAGAAAUUUAAUACAUGGCAUCACUUCAGUGUAGUGAACCACAUGAAUCCCAUGUGGUGUUCGUCAUGAACCACUAACACAUUUUGCAACAUGCACAUGUGGUGGAAAGUUGUUGGCAAUCAAGACUUCAUGCCUCAUGUGAAAUAGAGGGCACAGGAAUUGUACCAUUUUUUGCACAGAAGCAACUUGAUGGAAAGAAAUGGAGGUAACUGUCAUAUGGGGUCUCCUGGAAAGACUCCAGCCAUUUACACACAGGGAGGAACUAAUGUUGCAGCCAAGGUUCAGGGACAUGCCUCCAUCCUCCCAACUUAGAAAGUAGCACCAGCCUGUAGGAAAUUUGUGCUACCUGGAUGCUUGGCUCAGUCUAAAACAGAGAUAUGAGAUAUAAGGGGUUAUUCCUGUGCAUGCAGUUUCAUGUCAGGGGAGAGGACAAGUACUCUGAGUAAUGGAAAUUUACAAAUGCUACCAUAAUUGUAUAUACUGCUACACAAUAUUUCUGAUAACUUCAGCUGUGGAAAUGGUGUUAUGAAAUACUAGGAUCAAAAGGUCUUAUUAUUUGGAACACAUUUUAAGGGUUAGUCAUUCCAGAAUAUAUUCGGCAAAAGAUAUAAAUGACAAAGGCAAUUUAUAGGCCCGGUGGCCCAGGCUGAGUCAUGUACGAGCAAUGAAUGGAGAAAUCUUCAAGAAAAUCAAUCACUGCCAUAUGGCUUCCUGUUGCUAGAUCAGUUUCGCAUGUUUUAAUUUGCUAGGAGUCCAGAUGGAUGAAAUAAUUCAAGCUUAUUCAAGUUGUGCUUGCAACAAGUUCUGUAAGAAAAUGCAAAUUUUAUACAAACUUGUAGUGGCAAUAAGUCUUCUCUUAAACCUAAGCACAAUAAGUAAAUCCAAAAGUAUGGGUUUAUAUAAAUACAUUGGGCAAUUCUAUCAGCUCCUGCAACAAGGAAUCUAUAACAGCAAGCUAUUAUGAGUCAACCUUUGCAAGCUUCAGAAUUCAUGCAAAUUGGACUUUGAAGUUCUAUUUAACUUAUAAACCAACAGUAAGCCAGUAAGAUUUCUUGGUUAAAAUAAAUAAAUUAUUUUAUUCAUAAACUUAUGGAUAGAAAUAGGGCUGACAUAUGGCAUUCAGAGAUAAGAAGGCUGCAGUAGUCAAGGCAUGAGAAAACCUGAGCACAAACCAUACUUUUCACUAGUGAGCAGAGAGAAAUGACCAUAGGUUUGCAAUAAUGUAAGGGGGGUAGGGUAACUUGGCAAUAGACUGAAUAUGGGAAGUUAAAAAGAGAGAGAUGAAUCAAGAUAAGGCUAAGGUUCUACCUCUGGUUUUAUUCAUAAAUCAAUCUAGUCUUAUCUUCAAAUGUUUCAGCUUGUACUUCUAUGAUAUUUUCUAGUGUUAACUUUGUUUGAAAUAAAUUGUGGAUUUUAUAUAAAUUGCCCAGACUCCUCACUACCCUGUCUUCUCUGCUUACUCUCCCAUAUGUACCUACUUGAACCUUAAGAUCCAUUCAGAGGCACCUUUGAGUUUUGGUGCCAAGUGAAUACCUUUCUUUUCAUCCAGGCCUUUGAAAUAUUAUUCUGGGCCUCUGUGUUUUAAAAACUGUGUAGCCAUUUAAAUUAAUUGACCCAAGUUAGUCAUGACUUAAUUUCAGGGCUAGUGUCAAAAAUGGGCACAUAUCGCAGUACUGAGCAAUUCUUUCUUUCUGUGAAAACUUUCUAUACUAACAGGACAGACAGAAUGCAUAUGCAUACUUACAAGAUAUUUUGGUUAGAAAAGCAAAUGUGGGCGACAGUGUUAUUUAAUUUAGAUAGGGCUGUGUAAUAUGAAAUAAUUUUAAUUUUCUUCCUUCACCUAAGCCACAUAUAUGAAAUGGUAUCACAAGUGUUUUUAAUUUGAAAUGGUAUCACAAGUGUUUUUAAUUUAAACUGAUGUUCUUCAGGCAUUCACAGAACAGAAAUGAAUCUGUUCGUAAAAACAACGCUCUGUAUACAGUUUCUGUUUCAAAAAAAGAAAUGGCAGUGGAGUCAUUUAAAAUUGUCUUAGUUUUUAUAAAUCUAAUAGCCUGAACAUUUUAGAUGAGGAUAAAUAUGAGAGCACUGAUAUGUGGAAAAGCCUGAAUGUAAAAAUAAUGCUAAAUAUCUUUAAUUAUAUUCUGAUGUUUUACUCAUUACAAUCAGUGAUCAGCUCUUUACUUUAGUGGAAGGAUACAAAUCAAAUGAGGCAUGUUUUUGGUCUGACUACGUUGAUUACAUACAAUUUAUUCUUUUUAGAUGUAUGACAAGGAACUGAAUCUAAACAUGGCCUUUUUUAAAGCACUUCAUAUUUGCUGAAGUCAGCAGAACAUGGUAUUUGGAAAGUUUCCAAGACCGGGUCCCUGACUGUCAUCCAGAAUUAGAGUUUAGGAUUUAACUGACCAUAAUUAGAACAUGGAGGACUUGGGAUUUGAAGCAGUGAACUUAAAGCUUGACUUGACAUUGUAUGAAGAAACUGCUUGUUUAAAUUGGUGGGGAAAGGGAAGCUAUUUUACUUCAAUGGGGGUGGGGGUGGGGAUGUCAGUAGGACUGGUUUCAUUCAAAAUUCAAUAGAAUAAGUAAGAGGUAGCUCUGACUAUGAACCAUGCUUGCUAGGGCUGACAGAAGUUAUAGCCCAACAACUUCUGGAGGGCACCCUGGAAUAAACAAUAGGAAUAACUCCUUCUAUGGUACUGAUGAAUGAUGCCUUGGCUAAGGACCAAAGUGAGAAAAGAACUACAGAUGGAUUGUUAUAGGACCAGACUACUGUGAACAGUUGAAGAUAGAAGUUAGCAAAUUAGAUGUUUAUGAUAUUUUUACAUUUCAUUGUGUGACUUCCCCAGAAUAAGAGAAUAGUUACAUGCAUUGAACUUGAGAGAGAUCUGUCUGUCUUUCAUCUAAACAAAUGUUUCCCAUUCUUGGGUCUCCAGCUGUUUUUGAACUGCAAUUCCCAUCAUCCAUGACCACUGGUCCUACUAGCUAGGGAUGAUGAGAGCUGUAGUCCAAAAACAGCUGUAGACCGAAGUUUGGGAAACACUAUCUUAACCCUCAUUGAGGGAACUGGCUAUUAUCAAAGACAGAAUGCUGAGGUAGAUGAACCACUUGUCCAUUUCAGAGUAGAAGUUGUUAUCAAUCUUUUCAAUUUUUAGGUAGCGAAAGCUUGAAAUCAGUUGCUCUGCUUCAAUAAUGAAGAUAUAAGUAACUAUUGAUCCUCUUUAACACAUCUUUAUGGUUUUGUAUGUUGUGACGGUGACCAGCUUGGAUGGCUUUAAAAGAAUAGAUAAAUUCAAAGAGGAUCCCUCGGCCGGAAAGCGAGAUGAGCAUCACAUCCCAUAGUUGCCUUUGACUGGACUUAACCAUUCAGGGUUAACCAUUUAACCUUAUAAGUGGCUACUAGUCAUAAUGGCUAUAUUCUCCAUCCACUGUUGACCAUAUGCCUCUGAAUACGAGUUACAAGUUGCAUUCAGAUCCCACUUGUGGGCUUACUAUAAGCAUCUAGUUGGCCACUAUAAGAACAGGAUGUUGGUCUACCUGGACCUUUGGUCUGAUCCAGCAGGACUUUUAUCUUGUUCUUAUUAAUUGCUAUUUUUAAAAUCCCAUUACAGGUCUGGAUCAAGUUCCAAAGGAUCUCCCCCCAGAUACGACUCUACUGGACCUACAGAACAAUAAAAUCACUGAAAUAAAAGAUGGAGAUUUCAAGAACUUGAAGGAUCUUCAUGUAAGUUGCAGUGAAAUACACAUUACAUGUUAGUCACAUGUUUGAUCAGUUCCAGUAGGUUCAGAGACUGACCUGGAAUAAUAUCUACCUUGCUGUUGGUACUAUAUAAAUAUUUUGCAUAUAAACAUAUAAAGGUUAUGUACUAAGCCACUAUUGCUACUGUAAUUGUGGGUUAUAGUCAAUUUAGUAUUACUCAGAGUAGAUCUACUGACAUUAAUGAGCAGGAAUAAGCUAGGUGCAUUCAUUACAAUGGCUUCAGGUCUGGUCAUGGCCCUGAAACUGCCUUGGCUACCCUGGUUCAUGACAUUUAUCAGAAGAGAGAUGGGUGGAUGUGACCCUGCUCUUUCUCCUCUCAGUGCUUUUUCCUAUUGGUGGCCAGAGUAUCCUUCUGGAGCAUAUCAGAGGGACAGGGGAAUUGUGCUUCACAACAACAAGAAUACUGCUACUAAUAAUGGUUUACAUUUCUACUCACUGACCCCUAAUGCAUAAAUCAUUUCCUGUCCCCCAUCUCCCCUGUAAAGCCUUAACAAGAAAUUUAGAUGUUCUAAACUUAAAGGAUAUAUCUCUCGCAACAUCAGACAGCAAAAAACAGGUAUUUGCAAGAGACAACCUUCCCUUCUGCGAUCUUAGCAAUGGGUGGAUGCAAUUGUUUCUGAAAUUGAUUUAGUAGUAGGAUGUGGAGUGAUAGCCUGCCCUGGAUGGGAUUAUACUGCCCUGGAAGGAUUGGGUUGGCACGUCCUAGUUUCUACACGGUCACUGGAGUGCUCAGGUAGCCUCAGUGGCUAGGAGUGCCCAAAUGAAAAACAACACCAAUAUAUCUGAAUACACAGCAGAAGUUUGGUUAUUUUCCUGGUUCCUCAACUACCAUUGAAAACAUCUGAUGGUACCUAUUAGAACUGCUGCAGGAAACACCAGUGUGAAAUAACUGUAUGUGCAAUGCAUGCACCUGAGAAAUAAGGUUGUUCUAUGUUUCCCAGACACAUGUACAUGCAUAUUUUACUUCCAGACUUGAUGAGUUUCUUACAACAAAAUCAACAUGCAGUACUGCCCAUAGCAGGACUGUUUUAAUAUUUCAGUUGUCCCCAUAGUUUGGACAAAGUUGUCAUCCACAGGACAGAUGGUAAGAGGGUGGACAAAUUAUAACCAUCAGCUGUGCAAUAAUUGAAGAUCGAGCUGAAUAUAUCAAUUUAGAGAUAUUCUGAAACACAUAAAAAUUUAUACCAAAUGGGGAUUUGUAUGAAAGGAUUAAAAAUGAGUGAACCCCUAAGGAGUUCUGUGGAAUCAUUUUGGAUAGUAUGUGGAUUGCUGUCUGUGGAUAUAGAAGGAUGAAGAGAGAACCUGGUUUACAUGGCUGCACAAAGGACGCAAGGUGCUAGUGAUUGGCACCUGUCGAUUUCUGCAGAGGCUGCUGCCUACACAGAAUAGAUGAAGUCUCUACUGAUACUGCCUGAUGGAUCUGGGUUGAGGGGAGCCUAUAGGAACCCUUAUGUCUACAAGCCUUUGUAGAGUUGCUACACUCAAACACUGUGUUAGUACUGGACACUGAUGCCCAGGAGCAGCAGUGGCCUCUGUGGAGGCUGCAUUCUUCCUAGGAAGAGGUACGUGAAGAGCAGAAACAAAAUAGGGGACACCUGCAGCAGGCCACAGCAUGCACAAAGGCCUUUACGCUUUGAGGUGGGCUGAUUGUGGCUCAUAGUGCUUGGGACAGACCUUUGUCUGAAGGUCUGCUUGGAAGGCAGAGGGACCAAGGCAUUAUGGUGAGACUAGCAAGGAAUCCUGUGGCUUUACUUCUCCAUCCUCAGCAUAGGAAAACCCAGCAAACAUGAUUAAAAAUGUACUAUCCAUUAUAUUAAAACUGGUUACUAUAUUUGAGGCUGCUUUUGAGCUAGACUCAGAGCAGAAUAACCCCUCAAUUCGGUAUGUUUUGACUGUUUAGACUGAGUGUUUCUUAUUGUUUAGACUGAUGACUUCCCUUCCUCAUUGCCCUGGCUUCCAGGGUUACAACCAACUAUGCACUCAUAUUGGGAGUAGGGACAGUUGUACUGAGCAGGAUUAAUUUCCAAGUAAUCAUAUGUUGGAUUGAGCCACAGGAGUCAGCAUGCACAGUACAGUCAGGGAGAAGCAUAUGGAGUGAGAUAAGGGCAGGCACUUGACUGGUUGCUUUAGCUGUGACUUAGCAGCUAACUGAGAAAUGAAGCAUAGGCAAUAUUUUUUGAAAUUUUGUGGUGGCCUUAGGUAACAGUAACAUCUUUAGGGAAUCAUAUAGUUCUGUUUCCUUCCAGGGACUCAAUAUUGUGACUAAAAGGUCACUGCCUCCAGCAACACAGCUUGAUGGAAAGGGGGGGGGCCUCCAAAAACAUUAUAAAUGAAUUAAUUAUGCAAAAGGAAGUAAUGGAUCUAAAAAAAUUAACAUUUGGACAGAUUUGGCACAAAUUCCAUGCAAGGCUGAACUCAAGAUGACUCAAACAAUUAUAAUUGCAAAAUACAAAAUCCCAGAGAGAUUCCACCAAGACUAGUAAUAUAAACUAUUGGGAGAACAUUUGUGUGAAGAGAAUUCCUUCUUGCAGAACUGUAACUGUCACUGCUUUCUUUUCUUUUUGAGCUCACCCAGACUGCUGGAGAAUUUUACCUUGCCCCAGGAUUAUUAGAUGUUUGUGCGGUUGCCUAGCAGUAACAAAUGAGCUACAUCCCUGUUUUCCCAUUCCAGUUUAAUUUUUAGUACUCUAGUUGCCAUGAGCAUGUCUAGCAGCCUUGGUCCAGGCAAAUCCCUCCUCUCAAGUUUUCCCACCUGGCUUCUUUGCUAUAUGUUCUCCUUAGGAUAGGAGGAGUUUGUGUUUGAUAGCCAGCUAAAUCUGGCACUAUUCACUUGGUAUGCUAGCAGCCAAAGUGCUACAUGUGUUACUGCCAUAAGUUCAUCUCUCACCAGAAUCCACUGUCAAAUAAGUGAAGUAAACACAAGAGUGGCUCUGGGUGUUUUUCUACUCAUUCACUUUGGGUUAAUAGUCUGAGGGUGGGGUUUAUUUGCUGCUUGCUUUAAAGACUUCUGAAAAUGCAAUUUCUUGUAUUUAUUGGUUGGUGCUUAUUAUGCUUGACGUGUUUAUUCUGUGAACUUCCUUUUGAGUGGUUUUACUAACCACUAGAAGAUGGUUAGUAAUUUGUUUAAGAAAUAAUAACAAUCAAGGUAUGGAAUUCCCAUAAAAAGGUAAAGGGACCUCUGACCGUUAAGUCCAGUCGUGGACGACUCUGGGGUUGCGGCGCUCAUCUCGCUAUACUGGCUGAGGGAGCCGGCGUUUGUCCACAGACAGCUUCCGGGUCAUGUGGCCAGCAUGACUAAGCCGCUUCUGGCGAACCGGAGCAGCGCACCAAAACACCGUUUACCUUCCUGCCAGAGCGGUCACCUUAAUUUAAAGCAGUGGGAAGGAAAGGAAAAGUUGUAUUUAUCAUCAAUUCAUCCACCUAAUGACUAGGUUCAGCAGUGAUGAGAGGGUGUGAGUUGGAGGGGAUAUUAUUGGGUUGUUGUUUUUAUUUUGGGGAGUUUUUAUUUUGUGUUGGCAGGGUUAUUGGGUUGUUGGCAGGGUUAUUGGGUUGUGAACGGCCCUGAGACCUGCAGGUAUACAAAUUCAAUAAAUAAUAGUAAUAAUAAAGGAAAAGUGUUUGGGACCAUUUGGAUAGGUGAGCGACCAUUCAACUAAGUAUGUGGCACAGGAUUAGCUUGCUGACUGGAAGAGCAAUCCACACCCCAUUUAAAUCAGGCUUUGGGGUCUAGGGUGCUUAGACUGGGUAGAGGUGUCCCUCUGCCUGGCCCUCACUACCUUUGCAUACUGAAUGAUGCCAGGAAUAGUCCACUGGUGUGUAGCUCCACUUUCCACCCACUGAACAUAUAGGUGACAGCAGUGGGAUCCCCACCAGUGGCAGACAACAGAAAGCCCUGAAAUGAGUCAUUUCAGGGUGGAGGGCUGAUUUGGCAAAGGAUGCUGGAUUCCAAGCUGGCACCAUUGCUGGCUCUGAUCUAGGCCCGAUCACUGCAUCAGCUCCAGGCUGACCCAACAACGUGCCUGAUGCCACCUUCACCUUGUACUGGUGGCCCUGCAGCUCUCUCAGUCCCUAAUCUAGUUGCUGACCCCUGCCAACAAAAAGUGCUCUGAAGCUCCUACUUCAUGCAGGGGAAGGGUGUGUGUGUGUGUUAUUUUUAAGCAGCUUCUGUUUGUGGUGGUGUAUAAACAUAUAUAGAACAUCAUCAACAAUGUUCAGAGAUUCGUAUUAAAAUGGACUGGUCAUUUAUAUCUCAGUGGUAGUCCUUGUAGCUCUGAGUUGAAGAGAGAAAAAUAUGUCCACAGCUAAAUGAACAGUAAAUGUUUUUGGGAGAGGCUUUCUGCUAGCACUGCUGAACUUUGAGUGACCUCUUCCUCUCAGAGAUCUGGCCACUCCUGGCUAGUAUACAAAAUUAAAACCAUGCACAUCUAUCAUAUACACAGUGGAGCCAUCUGCAAAACAUACCUCCUGUUUUACUGACAAUGAACAGGAAAUCAAAUACACUAGAGAGAAAAUAUACAACACAUGAACUGUUCAAAAUAAUAGUUUCUCCUCUUUUUGCUUUUUCUUCAUGUUUUCCCUCCCUGCAGCUGUUUAUAUAUUUUCUGAUCUUUGCAAAUGUUCAGCUUUUCCUCCUGCACGUUUUAAAGAUAGCUGGCAUAAGUUUAAUUAUGAAAGGAUUUAGAAUGGCUAGAAAUCAAAACAGAGAGUUGAACCAUCUGUUUUUCCAUUCUUACAAGUAAGAUAAUGCAUUCAGUGAGCAAAUAUGCUCUACAGCUGUGUUCCACUGAUCAAAAUAACAAGGGAACAUUAUUCCUGAAUAAUUAUUGCUUUCCAAACAUCUCAAAGCACUUUCCAAAUGUAAAUAUAUUUAAUCUCAUAUUUUUGUGAGAGUCUGAAGAGGAAACAGGUACACAAGGAGUAAGGUUCACAUAACAUAGUAGGGCCACAUGACUGCUACUGUAGUCCAGUGAUUUAGGCUCUGGUGACUAUGUGGCAGUGAGCAAAUCAAUCUCUGCCUCAGUUUACUUGCUGCAUAUGAAGUGAAUGCAAUUUAUAUACUACAUUAUAUUGUGGUUGUAGUGGUGCGUCAAGAAGGAAGGGGACAGAGAACAGAUGAAAGAUUAACCCUGUCACCUCCCUGUAGUUAUUUAAUAGGUUGGUCACCUAGCUAUGAAGUGUGGGGGGGAGAGCACUCCAUUUAAAAAAAUCUCUUUGAAGCUCACUUUCCGAUCGCCUACUAGUUCUACCCAUUCAUUUCAGAAGAUCGACUUCCCCUCCACCUCACAGAUGUCUGGCUAGUGCCACCAGCCUCCCUUUCAGAGACUGAGGGAGAAUAGAACAGUGAAAUCAAAGUUCCUGUCCAGGAGCUUACUCAGGAAGAUGCCUACCUUUUGUAACUAGAAAGAAGCAGGUGUGGGAUCUGGAAUGGACUUCCUUGGAGGAGAGGGGAUCAUGAGUAAAAAUAUUUUCCUGGACUAACAGUGGUGUGCAGUUUUGAUGAUGGCAAAGGAUGGGGCAAAAACUGCUAAAAAUGAAAGUGUUGGGGUUAAGGACUGCAUGAAAGCCAUGCCAGUUGCCCUGGAUCCAUAGGGACAAACAAUGUAAUACAUUGAAUGUGUGAUCAUAUUUAAGGCCUGUUGGUACUGUAUUUUUUUAAUAGCAGCUAUGGGUGGGAUCCAGUCAGAAUCAGGUCUACAGCAUGCAUGAAGGGAAGUCAAUAACUUUUCUCUCUCAUCAAACAGCAUUGAUACUACAGCACAUGGAGAGUUAAACCCUCCAUAAUCAGACCCCUUCCACCUUUAAAAAGAGAAUAUUGUUGGCUUCAGGUACUGUCUCUCUCUAGGCCUCCGGUUGGCCACUGUGAGAACAGGAUGCUGGACUAGAUGGGGUUUUGGCCUGAUCCAGCGGGGUUCUUCUUAAUAAUGAUCUUACAUUUAAAGCAAUGUGCAGUUUGUUCCUAAGUAUUUGAGAAGACUGUAUAUAAGCUAUAGCUGUUCAGUGAUGGAGGAAGCAUGUUCUUCACAUUUUCAAAGGCAUUUUAGAUAUUAAGACACAAACCAGAUAUUUAAAACUUAUUCCAAGUCUGAGUUCAAGUAGACACAAAUUGUGAACAAGGAACACUUUUCUUGGUUCUACACACAAAUUUGUGUGAGAAUCUGAGGAGCUUGAACUUUGAGGUUUUUUGAGUGACUCAGACAUAGCAUUAAUUUGGAACUUGUGCAAGAUGAAUAGUUGUGACAACACAGAAUGUAUGUACUGAGCCUUAGAGAACCAAAGAGAACUUAGUUUCAUUAUGAAAAUACUGGUUAGUCCUGUAUGAGCUAUAUAAAUCAAAUUCUGAGCCAACUCUGACAAUCAUGGGGAUUCUGAUUAGGACGUGUACAUUUAUGUUUACGUGUGCGUGUGUGUGUGUGUUACAAGAUCUGCUCGUUUAUGUUCACAGAACCAUCACUCCUGGGAGUUUCAGUGGAAAUAAUUGUAUGUCACAGAGGUUACUGCAAUGGACCUGAUUACUCUGCAAAACAUUGCUUUGCUUAUUUGCGGAAAAUUAGUAAACACUAACAAAACCAGUUCCAAUGACUAUAAGGUUUAUUUAGACAAAAUGGCAGGUAAUGAGUAAAAUGGCUUUGUAGCUUGAAUAGCUGGCAAAGAAAUAUAGAAAGAUGGUCAGUUGUUAUGAGUCACAGUCUACCCAAACCCAUGUCCCCUGAACCAUAAGCUUAAAAUGUUCCUAUUACAGAGAUAGAGCUUAAAGAAUACCUUACAUGGAAUAUAGAUGGGAACCAGGCACACUAUAGAUGGAGGCCUAAAUGCACCAGGGGGAAAAGCUUGAAUGCCAAUGACUAGAAGUGGACUAGUGUGAGAAUUCAGAGAGAACAUGACUGAAGUAAUAGGGAAGACAGGAGAAUAAUGAAGGAACGAGAUGUAAAUAGCUGUUGCAAGCAAAGGAGAUAUAAAUGGUUUUCUAAUUUUCACUACUGCCUUUAUGUGCACAAUCACAACCAAGAUUCCUAACAGAUGCUUGCAUGUCGAUGUGUGUUAUGGAAGUUCCCAAUGGUCAAGCACACUUGGAUUAAUUAUUAUGUCUUCUGUGACAGACUUGAUAAUCUAAUCAACCCUUAGGCUUCCUUUAGGCAGAUUCCACCCCGGCUUAUGAGAAACCCUCCCCAAAACAGAAAAAUAAAAGAUGUUUCUUUUUGUAACGAUACUUCCUCCUGCAAAGGUCCUAACUAAUGUAAAACAGAAAAACAACAAGUACAGCUGAAAAAUAGGAAGUUGUGGAGAGGAAAUAAGGCUAGCUAUCUAGCUAAAGGUGAGGAGGUUUGGUUCCCACAAUGAUCUAUAGGGUUGGAGUGUCUUGAAAAAGAGUGAUAUGAAGCAACUUCCUGGAAGUUUAAAAAAAAAAAGGAUGAGGGCAGUGAUCUCCUGUGCAGAAAGCUGAACCAAGUAGGGACUGAGAGAUGCCCACAUAGGAAAAAAUCUUCUCAACUGGCAUUAGCUUUAACCCAAAGGGUGAUCUUUCUGAAGACAGGGCUGGACAGAAGGGGGACUAAUUGCUAAUUAAUUUAAGUACUGAGUCUUUACAGUCAAUAUAUGUUUCCUGCUGCAUGGUGACAAGGAUGUCAUAACUCUCAGACAAGUGACUGAGACAUCCCUUGUGGAGAAAUAUGAUGAUUUGCAGGAAAUGUAAAUGUAGGUUUAAUUCAAUUAAUGGAAGAAGGUUCUUGCUGGAGGCAACCUCAACUUCUGUCCAGAGUUAAACUAUAGAUAUGGUAGACAUUGAGAGGGAGGGGCUAUUAAGGCUUGCAUUUACAUGAUCCUUUAUGCAUUUUCUUAAGCACAGAUAACUUUUCUGUACAGCAGCUACUAUGGAGAGGAUACAGUACUUGGAGGGAACUACUGGGGCAUCCCCCAGUACUUAGUUUGUACCACUAUGACUUCAUCCGAUUCCUUGCAGUGACACUGCAUUCAUUUCUCAGAGCAAAGCCAAAGUAAACUCAUAUUUUAAGAGUAUGCACUAGGUUCCAGUUGAACAACUGGAGAGUUAAAGGCCCCCUUCCCCAUGUCACAGUCCUAAACAUGAAGGCCAAAUCACAUUACAGUGGAUGCUCAGGUUGCAAACGUGAUCCGUGCGGGAUGCAUGUUCGCAACCCACAGCGUUCACAACCCGCAGCAGCGCGUCUACGCACGCACGGGUUGUGAUUUGGCGCUUCUGCGCAUAGUGCGAUUUAGCACUUCUGCGCAUGCGCGACCUCUGAAACCCGGAAAUAACCCGAAGCGUCUGUAACCUGAGGUAUGACUGUACAAACUUGUAGGACAUAGAGAAUUAACAUUCUAAUGGAUGUUUGUAUCUUUAGUGGAUACUUGUAUCUUCCUUUAACAGUAUGCCCAUGUGUGGCAUUAACAAAGUUCUAUUUUAUUGUUUCUUGCUUUACAGGCAUUGAUCCUUGUUAACAACAAAAUCAGCAAAAUCAGCCCGGGAGCUUUUGCUCCACUCAAGAAACUGGAAAGACUUUACCUUUCCAAAAACAAUUUGAAGGAACUUCCAGAAAACAUGCCUAAAAGCUUGCAGGAGCUACGAGCACAUGAAAAUGAAAUAAACAAACUAAGAAAAGCCGUCUUCAAUGGACUAAGUAAUAUGAUUGUCGUAGGUAUGCAUCGCUGCUUACAGAUAGAGUCCAUGAUAAGAUUUUAUCAGAUGAAAGAUGGUAAAAUUCAAAGUCAGUAGAAUUUGACAGAAUCCAGACUACGAAAUUUCUUAAUUUUAUUAUUGAUGUAAACACUUCCAAGGGGGGGAUGUAACAGUGGGUGGUUGAAUGUGAAAAAGUGAAGUGUAAUUUGGCGUAUCAAGUGUUUUGGUUCAUACUGAGUUUGCUAAAGUACUUUUCAUGUGUUAGACCAUGUGUUAGAUAAUAACCUUCCCCCUUUUUUUACUGGUAACAGUUGGGCAUUAUAAAGGAGGGUGUAACUGAGAGAAAUCAAAAGGAAGAGUUGAAGUAAACAUUUGUCUCAUACUGUUCAGCUAGGCUGUUAAAAUCUCCAGCUUCCAAUUUUUUAUGGAAUGAAAUUUUCACAACAUGCUGCAACCCAGAAAAUAUAAUCCAGCAAAAGAAAACUCCUGUGAAUUUACCAGCUGAAUGUUAUCACUUCUUAUAAAGAACCUUUACAGAGGUAUCACACCACUAAAUGUGAUUUUUAUUUUAAAAGUAAGGCUGGAAUUAUUUCGCAAAGUACAGCGCAGCCAAUUUAACACAAUUAGAGAAGAAUUAAGGAGGGAGGGGUAUUAAUCUGUUGGUUAAGACUUGUCAAUGUUGUUUAUUUUUAGAACUGGGUACCAAUCCAUUAAAAAGCUCAGGUGUAGAAAAUGGAUGCUUUCAAGGGAUGAAGAGACUCUCUUACAUCCGUAUUUCAGAUACCAAUAUAACAACUGUCCCUAAAGGUAAGCACACUACUUGGGAAACUGAGGCUGUGUACAGCAUCACUGCCAAAAUAUUAUGAAGAACUUUAUUUUAUAUUUUUAUCUUAAAUUGUGUAAAUUGUAAAAAAUAUUUAAAAAUUGUCGAAUGCAAAUAAUGCAUCACAUGCAGAAUAUUACUUUACUUUUAGAAUACAGUAACAAAAGACACUCAAGUUUAAAUGGAAAGUAUAUAUCGUACUUUUCUGUGUAUAUGCUCAACAACUCCAAUCCUCCCCCAAAAAGCUCAACAACUUAGGGCCAUCCUCCCCCCAAAAAGCUCCACAACUCUGGGUCAUUUUCUUAAAUUGGAGUCCCCAAAAUUAGGGGGCGUCCUAUACAUGGGGCCGCAUUAUACACGGAAAAGUAUGCUACGUGGUAUCAAAUAUGCAUUUAUCAUUCACACUUAGGAGGGCGGACUUUCCCACAGAGAAGCAGAGAAUAGUAAUAUAAAGUAUGUAUAUACUUACGCUUUAUUCAAACUUGUGAGAUUAAUUCCAUCAUUCUGCAUGGUCAGCCUUUAUUAUAUCCCAUUUACAUUCUGCUUUUAAGAUUUAGGAAUGAUUUUAUGAAUAUGUGUACAAUCACAAGCAUGGGUGAACCACUGACCAACAGUACUGUUUCCCAAACUUGGGUCACCAGCUGUUUUUGGACUACAACUCCUAUCAUCGCUAGCUAGCAAGACCAGUGGUCAGGGAUGAUGGGAAUUGUAGUCCAAAAACAGCUGGAAACCCAAGUUUGGGAAACACUGCUCUGCAUAUUGCAUAGGCUGGACAUGCAGAGGGACAGAGUCAAUGCUGAACUGAUUGGAGUAAAUAAGGAAUUUAUUUUGUGUGAAUUCCAGUGUGAACUGACCUGAUCUGCUCCUCAUGAACUGCAGAUCAUAAUAUAAUUAUCCUUCAGAUUUUCUCUUCAACUUUUGCAGUACAGUUCUCAACUCAAAAACUGAACAAGAUGUGUUACCAUAAUAUAUAAUAAUUAAAUACAUAUUCAUAUAUUAAUUGGUGGCUUUUUAAAAAAAUCACAUAAACGUAGAAACAGGAUAGAACACAUGCAAUUGCAACAUAUUAUAAUGAUAGCGAUCCAUCCAUAUCUUGUACCACUCUAUCUUUCAUUUAUAAAUCUCCAACUAAUUAGCAGUCUGUUUAUCUAUCUGAAAACCACAUUGUCACAUUCUAGCAAGACCAAAAAAGAGAGUCUAAAAAGUAGCUAUACAGAAAAGACCAAGCUUGAUCAACAAGGCAGCUAGGACCUUCUUGGGCAGCGAGCAAGUUCAGAUUCCUCCAUAAUGAACCUAGGGUUGCCAUAUUUCAAAAAGUAAAAACUAGGACACUCUCAGCGGCGUAGCGUGGGUUGUCAGCACCCGGGGCAAGGCAAGUAAUUUGCGCCCCCUAACCCCUAACCUGCCGCAGCUGCCAGCUUCUUCUUGCUGCUGCCUGGGCUGGUCUGGUGUGGUUCUCUCCCGCGCUCAGUGCUUCGCUGGGCGGCCGCUGCACUGUUCCUCCCCCAGAUAGUCCCUCGCUCUCUCUCCGCACCGCACGCCUGGCACCCACCCCCUCCACAGUGGGCGGCGACCCAGCGGCUCGGAUCGGAUUCGCACAGCCAGCACUGCAGUGAGAGAGAGUGAGUGAGCCAGGUAGGGGCAGAGAGCUGCGAGUGCGCCCCCCCCAGGUGUUGUGCCCGGUGCGGCCGGCCCCCCCUGCACCCCCCACGCUACGCCACUGGACACUCUGAAAUCCUGGAUGUAUGGCAGCCCUAAAUGAACCAGAAAGUGCACAUUUACUUCUUCCCAUAUAAGUGAAUGUCUGCAGUUUACUUCUAAGGGUGGAGGGAGGGUUGCACUUGGGAACUGUGCUAUAGUAAAGGCCAAACAUGCCUCAUCACCCCUGAAAUGACGUGGAUGGGCUCACACCAACCACCGACUCCCACAGGAGCUUUGUGUGCAAUGUGUUUUUGUAUACAGUCUACCUUCCAUGGGUCUUUACAACACACGUUCUCCAUCUUUUAUUGCAGGUCUUCCCACAUCUCUGACAGAACUUCACCUUGAUGGCAACAAAAUCAACAAAGUUGAUGCAGACAGUCUAAAAGGACUAACCAAUUUGGCUAAGUAAUUAUUAUUUUAUAAAAAUGCCCAGCAUUAUGCAAAACUGGUAGCCUAAACCUUCCUGAACAGCCACAGCUCACUGCAUCUGUUAACAAGUUUCAGGCUGCUUAGAGUUGGAUCAUUCCAAGCACUUUGGCAAGAAAAGAAGCCGUUACUGAAAAUGUAUUGAAUUUUACAUUAGCUAGUUUUCUAGCUUUAAAUUGUUUCAUCUUUCUGUGUUUAAUAGUCUUCAAGGUAGGCUAAAAAUAUACUAAAUGAACAAUUUUCAUAUGCUAAUGUAGUUUGCCCUACCUUUGUUGAGUAAAUGUCUAAUAUGAGACUGGAAUACAUAUUUCCUGGAGUUGUAUACAUGCUACCACAAAAACAAAGCUGUAAAGAACCAGUUCUUAAAAAUUACAUCUAUAUUGCUGGGCUCUCCCAAUUUCCACAAAUAAGCCUAUUUUUUUAUGCUGCACUACACAAAGCAACCUCCCACCUGCUUUGGCGUGCAUUGAUAUUCUUGUUAUACAGGUAUCUCUAGCUGCAGCAGUAUGUAUAGAGAUAUUGCAAUCUUAUCUGGUACUAAAAUCUAACUUUAAAAUAAUAUGGUACUAAGUACCAUGUUACUAAAGGACGUGGGUGGCGCUGUGGGUUAAACCACAGAGCCUAGGGCUUGCCACUCAGAAGGUCGGCAGUUUGAAUCCCAGUAAUGGGGUGAGUUCCCGUUGCUCAGUCCCUGCUCCUGCCAACCUAGCAGUUCGAAAGCACAUCAAAGUGCAAGUAGAUAAAUAGGUACUGCUCUAGCGGGAAGGUAAAUGGCAUUUCCAUGCAUUGCUCUGGUUCGCCAGAAGCGGCUUAGUCAUGCUGGCCACAUGACCUGGAAGCUGUACGCCGGCUCCCUUGGCCAGUAAAGUGAAAUGAGCGCCGCAACCCGAGAGUCGUCCGCAACUGGACCUAACGGCCAGGGGUCCCUUUACCUUUACCUUUACCCAGUUAUUAAUUUGAUAUAUUGUGCACAUAGUGAUAAUUGUAUGAUGUGAAAUUAGCUUCGUAAUAAGCCUAUGUAGGCACAAUACAUGACUACAACUGGCCAUGUGCAAUAGAAUUAAAUGUAACUAUAGUACAUGUUUUUUAGUAUAGCAACUUGUGCACUAUUUUCCUGUUUUUGUGGCAUGGUGUUUAAUGUGCGAUGAAUCUACAGAAACAAAUAUCUAUGAGAACAGUUAUUUCACUAUAGCUUGCACAAUAUUUUUCUCUUGCAGGCUUGGUCUCAGUUUCAAUAACAUUGCUAGCCUGGAUAAUGGCUCUCUAGCUAACGUGCCACAUUUGAGAGAAUUACAUUUAGACCACAAUGAGCUUGCCAAAGUACCUCCUGGGCUUGGAGAACACAAAUAUGUACAGGUAAAGUAUACCAUAAGACUGUGAUAUACAACAUUUCUAAUUACUGUAUAUCUCACAGGCAACAUAGGACUGGCAGUAGUACCUACAUCUAAUAAAGAUGUUGGAAAAUCUAAUAGAGCAGUAAACUGCGUUUCCUCCAUUCACUAACUAAUACAUAAAUGCUUAGCUGUAAUAUAUAAUUCUGAUGAACUGCCUUUUUAAUUAUAUGAAGUAAUGGUGCAUGUAGGGAUGUAACAAUUGGUCUGAAUGCCAUUAUCCAACAACCUUUCUGAAAGUUAUAGUAACCUUCCUGAAGUUAACACAGGAUAGUCUGCGUCUGCUAGCUACCUGGGUCGGACACCACCUAGGAACCUGAUGUUUGCUAUUUGCUCUUCCAUUAUAGGAAUAAAAGCAUAUAUAAAUUAAUAAAUAACAGAUAACAUAAGACUAGUUUAGUUACCAGGUGGACAAAAAACCAUUUUCAUUUAUGUUUUUCCACCCACUUUGCUUAGCUACUGAUCUUGUGAUAAUAUCUGCAUUACAAGGUAUCUUAUUUUCAUUUGUUGUAAAACAAUAUCAAUAGUCUUUUUGUAAUCCAGUGGCUCCAGGGGGGGAAAGCAGGGACUGCAGCAGACAAGCAGAGAUUGACCACAUUAUUCUCAGUGUCACCCACUGUUCCACAUGUGUAACAGAGAGCAUUCCUCAACAGUGAUAAAUUGGGGUUGUUCAAGUCUACAGCCCUACUCUGGUGCUAUUGUAAUUGUGCUUAAACCAUGGGUGCAGGGGGAUGCUGUCCCCACUUCCCAAUAUCCUCAUCUCCAACCGAUCCAUUGAUGACAUUCCCGAAAUGAGUGGGAAGGUCUGAAGAAAGUUUUUAAGCAGGUUUGGUUGAACACACUUAAAGGUUUUCCUGCAAUGACAACAUCUGCAUUAUCAGUGUUCCCAGUCCCAAAGAAGCUUCUAAGUGCGUGCAAUCAAAGGAAAAGUUGGGAGAAUGGGGCUGGGACAUAUGCCCCUCACAACCCAAUUGUGUAAGCACAAUAACUCCUGCAUAGGACUUAUAUAUGCUUUGGAAAUGUAUAUAAGAGGAUCAAAAGAGCUUCUGCCUUCUGGUCUUCCUGUAGUAUCACAAGGAUGGCAACAAAUAUAUGGAGAUGUCAACACAAUGCAGGGACAUAGCUUUUUUUGCGGGAAAUUCGCUUAUUCCAGCACCGUUUCCCGCUGCUAUCCUGGAUUGUUAGAUAUCCCAUAGACUGUCCCUGGGACAGGUAAGGCUGCUGAUCCCUUAUUUUCAAGAAGAAGAAGAAGAAGAAGAAGAAGAAGAAGAAGAAGAAGAAGAAGAAGAGUUGGAUUUGAUAUCCUGCCUUUCACUCCCUUUAAGGAGUCUCAAAGCGGCUAACAUUCUCUUUUCCCUUCCUCCCUCACAACAAACACUCUGUGAGGUGAGAGGGGCUGAGAGACUUCAGAGAAGUGUGACUAGCCCAAGGUCACCCAGCAGCUGCAUGUGGAGGAGCGGAGACGUGAACCCGGUUCCCCAGAUUACGAGACUACCGCUCUUAACCACUACACCACACUGGCUGCUGAUCCCUUAUUUUCAAAUCUGAAAGUUGACAGCUAUGUGCAGGGAACUUUAGUGUGUUACCCGGUGGGCAGAGUGAAGUAUUAAUAAUGAGUGAGAGCAAGUUUCUUCUACUCUGGUUACAGUGAUUGCUCAAGGGAUGAUUUUUAAAAAGUGAUUUUGGCUUAGUAUGUGGAAAUCCAUGUAAGAAAUGAUGAUAAAUGACCCAUGUUAGGUUUCUGCAACACAAUAGCCUGUCUCACUUCUGCAAUGUUUCUACUUUCCAGGUGGUCUACCUUCACAACAAUAAAAUUGCUGCCGUUGGUCCCAAUGAUUUUUGUCCUCCUGGAUACAACACCAAAAAGGCUUCUUAUUCAGGAGUGAGUCUGUUUAGCAACCCUGUGCAGUACUGGGAAAUCCAGCCAUCCUCCUUCCGCUGUAUCUAUGAACGAUCUGUAAUACAACUUGGAAAUUACAAAUAGAUGCACAAAUGCAUUUCUGCUAGAAAUACCUGUUGCCUGUUAAAAUGUUUGCUAACAUUAAAGCCAAAUACUGGAAACUUACCUGCAGAGUGGAUAUCAUUAUGUAUGUAAAAAAAAAAGCAAAAACCUAAUAGAUCAUUCCAAGACAAAAUUGCUGAAUUUACUAUGUUUUACUUCCUUGCCAGCAUGUGGUAUAUUUCUGUGGUCUCUAUCGAUUAGCUGAGUGCAACAGAUUUCAGUAUUCCACUGUGCAUGAGAUUUGAGGUAAAUAUUUGUCAUGCUUUUCACAAUUAGAAAUUAUAUAGAUGGUGGUAUUUACAACAACACAAAGGGAUUACUUGGAGGGAAAGGAAACGAAACUUCCAAUAUAUAUAUAUUAUUCUUGGUGUGGGGCAGGAAUAGUCAACUGAAGACUCAACCAAACUCCAUAGGAAUAAAGCCUGAAUGUAGGUACCAGUGUGCUUACAUAACAUAAGCAAUAUUAAAAUGUUGCUUUUGUUAGCAUUCUUGGUUAAAAUACUCUCUUAAUAUAUUCAAAUUUUCAUUUAUAAAUAUCCUAAAUAUAAUUUUACGCGAGAUUAGGAAACAUCUGCUGCACAAAGUACAUGAUUAUUGUAUCCCUGGAUGCUGCUAUUUCUGGACUACAACAGCUAACUUGUAGAGGAGCAAUUUGUUUCUCCUUGCUCUCAUUACCACUUCUCUGUGUCAUAAUCCACCAAACAAUAUACCCAUAUGAUUUCCAUUCAUCUAAGCAUCUGCAGUAACCCACUCAAGGGGAUGUACGCAGUGAAACUGCAGGCAUGUGUAAAUUUAAGCAGGCAUAAGCCCACAACGUUAAUUCAUUGCUCUUAAAUACAACAAUGCACUUUCAUCUUUUCACUGCAUUUGAGUUUCAACAACCUUUUAAAAUAGAAUGUAGAGAGAUAUGCAGACUUCCUUUUCAGCAGUAUCUAGAAUUACAUCUGAGAAUAUAUAACUGGCCAGAACUUGAUGAGCAGAUUUAGAAGUCUUCUCUUUCAAAAGUCAUCUGAAACCAAACCUUCUACAUUCAUCUCUAUAACUGGCUUCAGUUAGUGGCGAGCAUACCAAAAUAAGGAUGUAUAUUUCUGGGAUCACUGUCUUCAAAGUUAACUAUAUAUCUUUCCACAUGUCAAAGAAAAGUUUGGAUACCUCUUAAUUGUCUAAAAUACAAUAUUUUCAAUGUAUGUAUGUUUUUAUAUUAAACAGUACUGGCAAACUCCAAAA